GUGCAAGUAGUAGACGACUCAUCAGCAAAAUGCCAAGCUCAACUGCAGCAACACGACAAGCAACAGCAGGCGCAGCAACUGCAACUGCAACAGGAAGUACAGUCGCUCAGACAGCAACUACUGCAACAGCAGCAACACGCGCAGCAGAUCCUCCAGAUGACCCCCGGACAGCCCACAUGUGACCGGCAUGGCUGCAUUCGCCCAGAAUACGAGGAGUACCAUGGAGGGCAGUUCAAACCAGGCAGCAUGCUGUACGGAGGAGGGAUUCAAUACCCAACGGACAUCUGCAAGCAAGCCCACGACAACGAACCUCGCAUGACCCUGAUGAUGGCGUCUGAGAUCCAGACGCUGUUUAGGAGCUACCUGAACAGCAGUGUGGAGUAUCUCGAAUGGGGCACGGGUGGCAGCACAUAUCAGUUCUAUGACCAGGUGAAACACAUGACGUCUAUUGAGAACAACGAGGAGUGGUGCAACAUCAUGCUCAACACCAGCCACGUGAAAUGCGGCCAGUCCACCGGCCAAUUGGACUACUUCUGUCCCAUGCGCAAUGCCCUGUCUGGGCCCUAUGGUGUACCGCUCUAUGACAGUAUAAUUUCUUCGCACGCCGAGGGCAAUCACACCGGCUUCUUCAACUACCACAAAUACGUCAACAUCCUCGACUACCUGCCCAAUGAGUACUAUGAUGUUAUUUUGGUAGAUGGACGCUUCCGUGUCGCGUGUGCAUUGAAAGCUCUUGCAUAUGUCAGGCCGAAAACCGGUGUGCUCGCCAUCCAUGACUAUCAGCGACCAUGGUACCAUGUGGUCGAAAAAUACUACGACAAGAUCGAGGAAGUUGUUGGACAUGAAACAUUCGCCGUCUUCAAACCCAAACCAGACCUUCUAGAGGCUCAAUAUGACGACUACCUAGAGUACUUGAAGGACUGGCGUUAGUGGUUUUAUCGGUGCGAGGUACUGAUAAUAUCUAAUUUAGAAUCAGAUUUGAGUGCUCCAUCUUAUCAAUGUAUUUUCCAAUGAGUUUGACUCUGGUAGCCUAACUACUUUGACCCUGGUCGCCUAACUACAACUACAAUCUAAAAGUUUAACUUGUAGAAUUUAGAACAUUGAUAUUGUGUACUAUAUCAAUAAAUGCCUAACGAUUGUUAACGCGAAAUAAUCGACGCAG